CUCUACCUCUUUCUGACGCUCGUGUAAAUUAAUUCCUCUCUUCUCCAUCAGUUUCUUCCUAAAUUUUCUUCCUGUGUUUGACCGAAAUAUGGAGCCAAUCAGGACACGUACCCUGGAGGUCAGAAUCAUAUCCGGUGAGAACCUCUGCACUGAUGAUCGGAAUCCGGUGACGGCGAAUAUGUGCGUCGUGGUUCGUGCAGGGUCCGUUAAGUGUUGGAGCACGAAAAUGGCGAAGCAAGAAGCGGGGAGCGUGAGCACUUUAUGGAACGAGAAUUUGACGGUGGAAAUGCCAUGGCAUGCAGAGUCUAUGACGUUGGAAGUUCUGAGCAAGACGUCAAAAGGUGUGGUUAGAUCCGUUGGGCUGGCAAGAAUAGCGACUGGGGAUGUGAUGCCAAAGGAACAGAAAUGUUCGGAGAUGCUGAGUUACAGGCUGAGGAAUUGGGAUGGAAGGAGAAGUGGGGUCAUCAAUUUCUCAGUCAAGCUGAAGAAUGAAGAAGAAGAAGAAAAGCUGGGAAUAAUGGCGGGUUCUUGUGGUGCAUUUGGGAGUGGGAUGGAUCAUCAUCAGCAGAUGAAAUUAAGGGGAAACAGUGGAAUCGUCACUGGAAUUCCUGUUUCCUGGAGCCACCCGGGCAUUCCUGUUUGACCAAGAAUCAAGAUAUAGUAGCACUAUCACUUUCUUUCAUUUUUAGUUGAUUUGAUCCGAAAAGUUUGUAUUUUUUCAAUCAUAUACAGGAAUUAUAUUGUAUUGGCCAAACCAAAAAAAUUAUAGCAAAUAUUGGAUUAAUUGAA